CCUGUGUAUAUUGUGUCUGUGUGUGUGUGUGUCUGUGUGUCCACUGGGGACAGACAGACACCCAGGCAGAAGUGGGUGUCUACUCGGUUACAUGACCCCCUCUGGUACUCUGUAACAGCUAUUUACUCUGUUAUACCUCUUACCUCUGGCAGUUUGUAACAGCUGUCUACUCUGUUAUACAUCUUACCUCUGGCAGUUUGUAACAGCUGUCUACUCUGUUAUACAUCUUACCUCUGGCAGUUUGUAACAGCUGUCUACUCUGUUAUACAUUUUACCUCUGGUACUUUGUAACAGCUGUCUGCGUUGUUAUACAUUUUACCUCUGGUACUUUGUAACAGCUGUCUGCGUUGUUAUACAUUUUACCUCUGGUACUUUGUAACAGCUGUCUGCUCUGUUACACCUCUUACCUCUGGUACUCAGUAACAUCUGUCUCCUCUGUUACACCUCCCUUUCUGGGUAUAGUGUGGUGUUUGGAAAUGCAUCCAAAAUGGUUAGCAAAAUAAUAUGCAAAAUUAGCAAAAUAAUAUUAUUGUUUUUUUAUUUCACCUCAAAACAUCUUUAACAAUGGUCGUCCCAGACUGAAAAUGAGGUAAAUAUUUCAGUAUGAGUCACCCGUGUGAACUCUGUCUUCCAUAGCUGCACUACGCAGAGAUGUUUUGACUUUCAGCCUACAUCCUCACCAACUGUGAGUGUUGACAUCCAGCUCACCAGACCAAAGUGGCCCAGGCCAGCUGAAAGCUCUCUCUCCCUGACAGCCAUUUAGGUUUUAGUCGGAGAUCCGAAGAUCCAUGAUGAAAGCAUGUUGUGACAUCCAGAGGGACUGAUGGCUCCCGGCUGCUACAGUUAUGCCUUACACUCACACACACACACACAUACACACACAAGCAUGCACGUUUGUGUGUUGCAGCCAUGCCUUUAGCUGUGCCUGUUGAAGAAUGUUAAACAACCUCACUAAGGACUGAGUUGGACAGCCUAAAGGCUGAGGGCCAGUACGUCUACAGGUAUAUACCAUUAAAAAUGUUUUAACAGCUGUGCUCUGAGAACGGAUUACCGUUGAAAGUGUUGUGCCAGUCAAGUGCCAACAGCUUGCUUUGAAGUGCAGUGUGUGUCUAGGGUUGAGAUGGGUGAGGCAGCAGGACAGAAGAGGGAAAGAGGGAGAAGUGAGACAGGGAAGGUAGGAGGGAGGGAUAAGCCAAAAUAUGAUAUUGUCUUUGCAUGUGUCUGCUGUACUGUGUACAAGAGCAUACGGUAUCUGACAUUCUGCUAACAGUCUAAGCACAGUUAGUGUCAUCAGUGUAGUAAGAAGGCCAACAGCUUGGAGCUUUGUCCAUCAGAGGACAUGUGUCUGGAGCUCUGUCCAUCAGAGGAAUGUGUCUGGAGCUCUGUCCAUCAGAGGAAUGUGUCUGGAGCUCUGUCCAUCAGAGGAAUGUGUCUGGAGCUCUGUCCAUCAGAGGAAUGUGUCUGGAGCUCUGUCCAUCAGAGGAAUGUGUCUGGAGCUCUGUCCAUCAGAGGAAUGUGUCUGGAGCUCUGUCCAUCAGAGGAAUGUGUCUGGAGCUCUGUCCAUCAGAGGAAUGUGUCUGGAGCUCUGUCCAUCAGAGGAAUGUGUCUGGAGCUCUGUCCAUCAGAGGACAUGUGUCUGGAGCUCUGUCCAUCAGAGGACGUGUGUCUGGAGCUCUGUCCAUCAGAGGAAUGUGUCUGGAGCUCUGUCCAUCAGAGGACAUGUGUCUGGAGCUCUGUCCAUCAGAGGACAUGUGUCUGGAGCUCUGUCCAUCAGAGGAAUGUGUCUGGAGCUCUGUCCAUCAGAGGAAUGUGUCUGGAGCUCUGUCCAUCAGAGGAAUGUGUCUGGAGCUCUGUCCAUCAGAGGACAUGUGUCUGGAGCUCUGUCCAUCAGAGGACGUGUGUCUGGAGCUCUGUCCUUCAGAGGACAUGUGUCUGGAGCUCUGUCCUUCAGAGGACAUGUUUUUCGAGCUCUGUCCAUCAGAGGACAUGUGUCUGGAGCUCUGUCCAUCAGAGGAAUGUGUCUGGAGCUCUGUCCUUCAGAGGACAUGUGUCUGGAGCUCUGUCCAUCAGAGGACAUGUGUCUGGAGCUCUGUCCAUCAGAGGACAUGUGUCUGGAGCUCUGUCCAUCAGAGGACAUGUGUCUGGAGCUCUGUCCAUCAGAGGACAUGUGUCUGGAGCUCUGUCCAUCAGAGGACAUGUGUCUGGAGCUCUGUCCAUCAGAGGACAUGUGUCUGGAGCUCUGUCCAUCAGAGGACAUGUGUCUGGAGCUCUGUCCUUCAGAGGACAUGUGUCUGGAGCUCUAUCCAUCAGAGGACAUGUGUCUGGAGCUCUAUCCAUCAGAGGACAUGUGUCUGGAGCUCUGUCCUUCAGAGGACAUGUGUCUCGAGCUCUACCAAACCGCCUGACUUCUACCCCUCUU